CGUCACGCAGAAAUGACGUGCUAAUGGUUAAUGGCUUCCACUCGGUCGAGAUACCCUUUUAUGAGCGAGCCAGAAUCCAAUCCAAAGAAAAUACAUGAGACAUGAUACGAUCGGCCGGUAGAAUCAUAAAAAUAUGAUCGCCUGAACGCCGUACGUUCACGAGAAAGAUAAAUUUUUCGGCCGGAGACAUCGGUCGUCCGCGAAUUACGUGCUGGAACUGCUUUGCGCGAAGAGGAACGACGUAACCGUCACGCACUCUCAUCAUCGGCCUUCGGUGUCGGUUCUGGACCUGAUGCGAACAACACCGAGGCUCGCCGCGACGUUGCAGGACAUAUAUCGCACUAGGUGACAUGCCUAGCACUCGUGAUAUUGAACGAGCCGAACGUAAUGGGAGAUUCCGCUCACGAAGAAGAGGCAGCGCGAGCAGCGACGUGAACAGGCACAGCUUUGACAGUCCUGACAAACGACACAGAAGACAUGGCAAAAGUAAGAGCUCUGGGAAAAAAAAGAAGAAACGUUCGCGCGACAAGUCACUAGAGACAAUUCCAACUGUAGCUUCGUCCGUCGUGAAACCAUUGGUCGAAUAUUCCGAUGUAAGUAGCGAAGAUCUCUCAGAGCCUGAAGCGGGAGAGAUACAAUCGGAGGAUAGUCGCGCCAACAGUUACACGGAUGGAGAGGUACCUGAAUCGUUCCUUCAAAGACGAUAUUAUGGCGGCAGUCCGGUUCGCGCUCUCGGAGCGUCGCCAAUCAGCCUAUCUCCGUCACCGUCGGUUCAGCAUCGACAUUCCGGUAGACGGUACUCCUUGUCGAGUGAGCAACAACAACCGACGACGAUGCAUGGCGCAACGCCGGAAUACGAGGAAGAAUCAAGACGGUACGCCCGACGAAAGGAGAAGAAGCACAAACGCGAGAAGAAGAAGAAAAGAAGUCUGACCCCGUCGUCGAAUUCGGGGAAGAAGAAAAAGAGAAAAUCCAAGAGGCAUUCUCACAGCAUGAGCCCGCAUCGUUCUGUCGCCGAGGAAAUCGUUCCAAGUCCGAACCGCGACAAGUCGUCGGUUGGCGCUUCCGUUCACUGGUCAGAAUCACCCCCACUACCACUCAAGGACAACAUGUCGCCCAUCUCCCCGGCUACGCCACGCGAGCAGAGAUGUCCUAGCGACGACGUGGAACUAGAGAUGUCGAGGCAGACGUCGCGAAACGUCACCCCGCCAACUCACUCGUCGACGAGGCAGGUAGAAUCGCCGCAUACGCCACUGAUGCCUCCGUGCGCUACGACGCCGGAGAAUUUGAAUAAAACCGGGCCCGUCGUCGUGCCAAAGCACAGCAGUCCCGAUCGGCAGAAACGUAGUCCCAGUAUCCACGUGACCCGUCGUUCCAGCGUUAGUCCCGGACCCGUUGGCGUAAACCGCAGGAGGCCACACAGCCCGAGUCCACCGUCGAGACGAAGGGAUCAUAGUCCACCGUCGCGAAGAAGAGACUUUAGUCCUACUCCGGUGCUCCAUAGACUUAGGCACAGCCCGAGUCCGGCCACCGUCAGACGACGAGAGUUUAGUCCGAGUCCCGGGAGUAGUCACAGGCGACGAACGGACAGCGGAGUUAUUUCCCCUAAACGUAGAAGACGAGACGAGACCGAGCGACGUAGUCACCGGGUUCACGACAAGGACAGGAGAGACAAGCGGAAAUCGAGAUCAACUAGGAGUCCCACUGGAAGCAGAUUACAUUUGCCUCUGUCUCGGUCGCGAUCGCGCAGUCCGGGAAGAUGGCGAAAACUGUCUCGCUCGAGGUCGCGUUCGCGCCCCAGAAGGAGUCGCACCCCAAGAAGAUCGCGUUCGCCCAGCAAGUCCCGCAAGACCUCGAGGAAACUCAAAUCGAAGAGCCCGCGUCCUAGAAUACCUUCUCCUUCUCCUCACAGAUCUCGGGCUAGAAGCCCGUCGAGCAUCACCGCCCGAAAUCUUCGAGUACAGGCCAAGAUCAGCGAGACCAGUCUGUUCGCGGAACUCGUUAAGGACCGUAACAUGAGGGAGUUGGCGUUCAAGAAGUUGCAGGCCGCGAAAGAAAAAGUCGGGAACCAAGACGAAGUGCAAAUCAUAGAGAGCACCGACGAGAAGGACGGCGAUGGCGGCAGCGUGUCCGCCGAGAUUAAAGCUUUUACCGACAAUAAAGACAGAUCUAUAAAUUACAAGGAGCAACACGCAAAGACUGGCGAUAGCGUGGUCGACGUCACCGAUAUUCCUGUUCCGACGAGCGACGACGGCGUUGUAGCGUGCAAAACGCCACCGUUGCCACCAACCGGCGUACCGCUACCUAAUCCGAUACCCACUGCGAUGAAUCCGCUUGUUUCUCACGCGAUUGUGCAUACCUCGCCCAACCCACCAUCGAUGAUGCCCAACAGUUGUCCGAUCGUCGUGUCACACAGCCCGAAUUUCCCGGCUCCUGCUCCUGGAGUACAACCACCGCCCCCACCGCCGCCACCACUGCCACAAUCUGCCGAAUCUGUAUCGACAGCCUUGACACAAGUGUCGGUGCCGCCAAUCCCGCCGACACCGAUUCUACCCAAUAUGUCUGUCCCACCGCCACCCAUUCCACCGAUUCCCGUUCCAGCGCCCAACACGAUUAUGUCCAAGUUUAAUCAACCCAAUAAUCUCGUGCCACUUAAAUCUGUGGAUCCUCCCAAGCCUCCCAUAGUAACGUUCACGACCAAAAGCCUAAAGAGAUUACCAUUGCCACCUGGCAUUAACCAGAAUGAUUUGGAAAGUAUAGAUUCUCCGCCGAGUCGUUCUCCGAGCCCUCCCAGCAAGGUGCAAUUGAAAUUUCCAACGUCAACGAAGCCGCUGCAGAAAAAGGGUAUCAAGGAUCUGCCAAUGCCGCCAGUUGUGCCUGGAUCGGAAGACUUGAGUGGCGAGGACGAUCCGAAUGCAACGCCGCCGCGUUUGAAGGUCGAACGAGUGGCACCAAAGCCGAAAUUGAAAAGACCGAAAAUACUGAAACGCAGAGGAUCGCGAAACUGUCAUGCUCCUAUGUCGGCUUCCGGCGGCAAGGAUUGGGGCGAACGAUGUGUCGACGUGUUCGAAUUUAUUGCGCAGAUCGGAGAGGGUACAUAUGGGCAGGUGUAUAAGGCACGAGACAAACGAUCCGGCGUGAUGGUUGCUUUGAAAAAAGUCCGACUUGAAAACGAGAAGGAAGGCUUUCCCAUCACGGCAGUCAGAGAAAUAAAGAUCCUACGACAGCUCAAUCACAAGAAUAUUGUUAACCUCAGAGAAAUCGUCACUGACAAGCAAGACGCUCAAGAUUUCCGGAAGGAUAAGGAUAAAGGUUCCUUUUAUCUAGUUUUUGAAUACAUGGAUCAUGACUUGAUGGGUCUGCUGGAAUCCGGUAUGGUGGAUUUCAACGAGAUGAAUAACGCCAGUAUCAUGAAGCAGUUGUUGGAUGGCUUAAAUUAUUGUCACAGCAAGAAUUUCCUGCACCGGGAUAUCAAAUGCUCAAAUAUAUUGAUGAAUAACAAGGGCGAGGUUAAACUGGCCGACUUCGGAUUGGCACGACUUUAUAACGCGGAGGAUAGACAGAGACCGUACACCAACAAGGUGAUCACUCUAUGGUACAGACCCCCCGAACUUUUGCUGGGAGAGGAACGUUAUGGGCCUGCAAUUGAUGUCUGGAGUUGCGGAUGUAUCUUGGGAGAAUUGUUUUCCAAGAAACCAUUAUUUCAGGCUAACGUAGAUAUAAUGCAAUUGGAGAUGAUCUCGAGGGUUUGUGGAACGCCCACUCCUGCCGUUUGGCCUUCUGUGAUAAAAUUACCACAGUGGCAUGCACUUAAGCCAAAGAAGCAGCAUAGAAGACGUCUGCGGGAGGAUUUCUCAUUUAUGCCAGGAACAGCCUUGGAUCUCCUGGACAAAAUGCUAGAAUUAGAUCCCGAAAAGCGGAUAACAGCAGCCGAUGCGCUUAAGAGUGCUUGGUUGAAAAACGUUCAGCCUGAACAGAUGCCAGCGCCACAGCUUCCGACUUGGCAAGAUUGUCAUGAGCUCUGGAGUAAAAAGCGAAAGCGCUUGUUACGGGAACAGCAAGAGAGUGCUGCAGCAAAAUUGCCUCCUCUCCUUCCCUUUCCGAAUAAAGGAGGUCCCAACAAGGAUGAUCUAUCAGAUGUCGGGGGGUCAUCUAAACGACUAAAGAUGGAAGCAGGCUAUAACUCACACCCAAGCAGGCUUGGGGCGGAAGCUCAUUACGGUGAAGAUAAUUUGUUUAAUCAGAGCGGUCCGUACAUAGUGUCUACGCCAUCGUACUAUUAUAACGCUUCACCGCCCGUUAAGCCGCAGUCAAAUCUAAAGGGAGAUAAUCAACCGUUGGAAAUGUGUACCGAGGAUAAUCUUGCCCGGAGAUUGAUGAUCCUCACAAACGCCUUGAAUCAGGGAAAACCGAUUCGAGUCGACGAUCUUCUCUCAUUGCGGUCAGACCAGAAUGAGUGCGAUCCCAAGGUGGUACAAUUGUUGGGUGAUCUACGCGCGGAGCUUCGCCUCGUCGCGAAUGCUCGACCAGGCGGACAACUAGAUCCUCAUCUUCCGAUAUUGAAUCCAACUCAUCUAGAUACGAGCGCGCCGCAUAUGCCAGGUAAUUUCGACGCGCACGCGGUGUAUGCCGGCGACGAUGCCGUGAGCUCUCACGGGAGAUGGUCCCAGCUGGCAACUGCUGGUGUUAGGAACGCUCUAUCGGCGCUCAUAUCCUAUCAUGGUCUGGAUAAUAUCUAUAAUCCCGCUAUUUCUACGUCUGCUAUCGGUCGACUGCCGUCAAAUAAACCGCCCGGGCAGCCCCACCUGGCGCAGAACCUUUUCCUGCCCUCGACUUCCUCGCAACAAUCUGCUUUUAGUUCGUAAUGAUUUUACAAAGUCGUGGUGCAUGACUGUGUUCUGUAUGCAUGAGAGAGAGAGAGAGAGAGAGAGAGAGAGAGAGUGUGUGUGUGUGUGUGUGUGCGUGUGUGCGUGCGUGCAUGCGCCUGUGAAAUCAGAAAGAAUCUAUAAAUCAUUAUUUUUCAAAUUAUACUAAUGGGAGAGAGGGGGAGGGAGGAGGAGAAAGAAAGAGAGAGAGAGAGAGAAGAUGCGUAUAUCUGUGUGUGUGUGUGUGUGAGAGAGAGAGAGAGAGGGGGGAGAAAAAAGAUGGUACGACCAUAUCAUCGAUUUGUUUAUAGUCUCCAUUAUCAUCACUCCAUUAGUUUUAAGUGCACGUUCACAGUGUAUAAUUGUACGAUAUGCGACCAUUGCAGAUACUUAAUUAGAAUAUGACUUCUCUCCCAAUGACAAUGGUAUUAUAGUUAUCAUAAUAUACACUAAAUUACUAUUGAUAUGAUUAUUUCCAAGUUAUUUCUCGAGCAGUCAUACGCUGAAAAGUAUUCUCUGACGUUUCUUUCCUGCAUCAUUACGAAAGGUCUGUGAUACACAUGUGUAUAUAUAUAUACAUACAUUACAUAUUGCGAGUGUAGGAAGCUGAAUUUAAAAAGGAGCUUGACUCCGAUGGCGAUGCUUGUUUUCAUUUUGAUGAAAGAAAAGAAAGACUUGUUCACGAUGCUCGACGCGAGAUCUUGAAAAAGGUUUGCGUUCUAUUUUAAUCUCACGAAAGAAUUUUAUUUUCAAGAGAUAUUAGACGAUGCCAUGAGGGGAACGUUGAUAAACUUGUGUAACAACAGUAACGCUAAAAAUGUGAAUAUUUAUUUAUUGUUUAAGGUUUUUUAUAUAAGAUACUAAUGCUUAUUUAUUACGAACUAUUUACAGUGUACAAUGUACAUAUAUGCUAAGAAUAUAUAAUAAAGACAUGUCGACGGAA